AUGUCUCCCAAACAGAGGAAGAAAGUCUCCCGUGAGAAAAAGCAAACAUCUUCCGACUCGUCUUCCUUAACAUCCCCCGUGAUAGCGACAACCAAUUACCGCGAGAUUCACCUCAACGAGGUGGAAGCCCUGCGCUCUAUAUAUGGCGAGGAUUAUCAAGAUAUCGAAACUCGCCGUUCUGCUUGGCAGCAAUCCUCCAACGUGACCUUCAAGCUCAAUCUGCGAGCCUCUUCGAAUCUUAAUGUGCAUCUGGUGUUACAAGUAGAGCUGCCUGCCACGUAUCCCAAAACCAUACCCAACCUUUCCCUGGAGAACCUUAACGACCUCCGCGAUGGAGCUCGCUCGCGGAUUCAACAAAUUAUUCGCGAAAAGCCCAAAACUUUGCUUGGGAGUGAGAUGAUAUAUGAGCUGGCUGUCUCAAUCCAAGAUGUCUUGGAGGAUGUAGCCCAAGCGCGGGAACAGGACAAGGAUCUUCCCAGUCUGGAAGAGGAACGCAUGGAGCAGGAAGCAGCAGCGAUACACCGUGCAGCGCUUGAAAAGCAAGAGGAAAUUCGGAAGCAGGAGGCCGCAAAUGAAGAAGAGGAACGAGCUCUUCAGCUCAUGCUUCAAGAUAAGAUACGGCAACGGACAAAAGCUCGAAUUCUCAGACGCAAAAGUCGUACUGGUGGGAUUGACUCACACGAUCUGGAGGAUCUCGCUGAAAAUACCCCGGGAGCGAUAUCCUUUGAUCCCCCGAUAGCCGUCAAUGAUACCAAUGAGCAGCCACUUGUGUUUUGUGCCAUCCAUGGAAAGACAUUAGUGCGGUGCAAGCCAGGGAAAAAGACCUUCACAGUGAGACCAGUUGUCUCUGAAGGGCGCUGCAAUGUUCCAUUACUAGUUCUCAAGGAGAUCAGCUUGAACGAGAAAGGUUCCGAUACUCUAGCAUUUCGGGAGCAAAUGCGGACCAGCGAAGAUCGACUAGAGGGCUUGAAACGACUUCGACAUCCUAAUCUAAUCGACUUUGUGGGGUUUAAGAUCAUUCGCCCAGUCAGCCAUUACGAUUCGCCUGAAAACACUUGGACAAUUCUCGCCCUAUCGGAAUUUGCGAACAAAGGCUCCUUGUCAGAGCUCCUCGACCUCGUGGGUACCGUUGCGGUUGAAAUGUUUCGGGGCUGGAUGAUUCAACUUCUUGAAGCCCUGGAAUUCUACCACCGGAGUGGCUUCGUCCAUGGGAAUAUCCACUGUGGUCGGAUCAUGCUCUGCAGGAGUCUCUCUGGAGGAACUAUCGUCAAGCUACAAUCUAGUGUGGAGGAAGCUCUCCCAGACUCACCAGAAGUAAAACGUUCAUUAACUACAUCCAAGUCUCCGCUAUGGUUACCCCCAGAGCUGACACAAGAGGGUGCAUCGCCGACCAUGAAGACCGACGUUUGGGAUCUUGGCAUCGUUCUUCUCCAGAUGGCAUUUGGAAAGGAUGUUCUCCUUCGAUACACUUCGGCCAACCAACUGAUGGUGUCCAUGGGUCUUUCCCCUCCCCUACAGGACUUGCUUCACGAGUUUUUCCGACCAGAUCCUAGAAAACGCCCGACAGCCUUUCAACUUCAGCCUUCGGAGUUUUUCCGGGUCGAUGCGCCAUUGACCAUGCGGGACAGAUCUUCAAAUUCAAUAUCAUUGCAAAGACGUCCGCGUCUUGAUUCAUUCGGGGCCAUGCCAGCGCUUUCGCGAUAUCACCAGGACUUUGACGAGGCUGGCCAAUUGGGUCGAGGUGGGUUUGGACAAGUAGUCAAAGCCAGAAAUAAACUCGAUGGCCGCUUCUAUGCCAUCAAGAAGCUUUCUCAAAGUUCAGCUGCUGCAUUGAAAGACACACUUUCUGAGAUAAUGCUUCUUUCUCGACUGAAUCAUCCAUAUGUCGUGCGAUAUUAUACCGCCUGGCUAGAAGAAGAUUUCAAUUCCAUCGAAGAAGAAGCUAUGUCAUCCACUGAAGGUGACCCUUUUGCAAGUCAGGAUCACCGUGGAUUUAGCACUGGUGGUCUUGAUUUCAUCAGCUCUAGCGGCUAUCCGAAAAUUGAAUUUGCUGCCUCAGACAGCGAUGAAGAAAAUGAGGGAUCUUUUUCAGUCCAGGGGCCCGGUGACACUCCUGAAACAUACGGAGCGAACACGGAUGAGGAUUCUAAGUUUAGCCGGGCACGAUCUGGCUCGUAUGGCCGGCCUGUUUUGACUACGCUCUACAUUCAGAUGGAGUACUGUGAGAAACACACACUACGCGACUUGAUCAAAAAUGGCUUGUAUGAUGAUAUUGAUCGAUCCUGGCGUCUAUUUCGACAGAUUCUCGAUGGGUUGAGUCAUAUCCAUAGCCACGGCAUCAUUCACCGAGACCUGAAGCCUGAUAACAUUUUCAUCGAUGUUGCUAAUAACCCUCGCAUUGGUGAUUUCGGCCUUGCUACCAGUGGUCAAUUCACGACUGCUGUACGCUCUCCUGCAGCUGCAGACUUCGAAGGAAAUUUUACACGAAGCCUUGGCACAACAUACUAUGUUGCUCCGGAGAUGAAGUCGGGUUUCUCAGGACAUUAUAAUGAGAAAGUUGACAUGUAUUCGCUGGGGGUCAUUUUCUUCGAAAUGUGCCACCCAUUACCAACAGGAAUGGAGCGAGACCAAACCCUGCGGGCGAUCCGGGAAAAGAAUCAUACUCUACCAGCUACCUUUCAACAAUCCGAAAAGGCUGUACAGGGUCAGAUCAUCGAGUCUUUGUUAAGUCACACGCCGAGCGAGCGGCCAACUGCUUCCGAACUUCUCUCCAGCGGGAAAAUUCCUCUUCAAGUUGAGGAGGAGACUUUUCGAAGAGCUAUUGUUCACCUGCUUUCUGACCCAAACUCCCCCGAUUACAAGAAGGUUCUUUCGGCGAUCUUUUCCCAGUCGCCCAAGAAAUUCGAGGAUAUUGCCUGGGAUAUGGAUUCCCAUGCUGUACCAGCGGCAAAUGAACUGCUUGUUCAAGGUCUUGUUAAGAAGAAGUUGACGUCCAUAUUCCGCAGACACGGCGCAGUGGAAUCGACUAGACAGAUGCUAUUCCCAAGAUCUCAGCAUUAUUCUGCAGGAGCAGUACGCCUGUUGGAUGCAUCGGGAAAUCUUCUCCAGAUGCCAUUUGACUUAACAGUACCGAAUGCUCGAGCAAUUCCAAGACAGGAUUCCUCACUGGAAAAGACAUUUGCAUUUGGUACAGUAUACAGAGAAUCAACCCAUGGCAGUGAACCUCGCACUCAUCGGGAAGUGGAUUUCGAUAUUGUUUCUUACAACACCCUGGAUUUGGCUCUGAAAGAAGCCGAGGUGAUUAAAGUUCUCGACGAAAUUAUUGAAGAGUUCCCACCUCUUCGGUCUGCUCAAAUGUGUUUCUUAGUCAACCAUUCGGACUUACUUCAACUCAUUAUGGAAUUCUGUCGCAUCACACCUUCCCAAAUUCCAUUGGUCAAGGACGUCAUUAGCAAGCUGAAUGUUGGCAAAUGGACCAUGCAGAAAAUCAGAAGUGAACUUCGGUCCCCAUCAAUAGGUGUUGCUUCGACAUCAUUAGAUGACCUUGCCCGCUUCGAUUUCCGAGACACCCCAAAGGAAACUCUACGAAGAUUGCAAACGAUCAUGGAGGGGUCGGAAUAUGCCGAGCGGAUCCCUCCGAUAUUUGCUCGACUGAACAUGCUGAUGACAUACCUGCAGAGUUUCGGCGUGAAGCGCAAAGUUUACAUCAACCCAUUGAGCAGUUUGCAUGACAAAUUCUACAGAGGCAGCAUCCUCUUCCAGUGUGUUUUUGACAGCAAGCGACGGGACGUUUUCGCGGCAGGAGGUCGGUAUGACCGAUUGAUUCAGGAAUUUGCACCUAAAGUUCUCUCAAAUCGACCUCAAGCCCAUGCGGUUGGAUUCAACCUUAGUUCCGACCGACUUGGUUCUUCAAUGACCGAAUUCCUGAAUUCCAAGACCCUAUUCAAAGACUCCGAGACUGGUACCGAGCUGUACUGGACAACUCGCAGGUGUGACGUCCUUGUUGCAAGUUUUGACGCGACUGUUCUCCGCACGACUGGUGUAAAGAUCAUCGAAGAUCUAUGGGCAAACGGCAUCAGUGCCGAGCUCGCCGUAGAUGCCUCAUCUCUCGAGGAAUUGAUGGCCAGAUACAAGGAACACAAUCACCGGUGGAUUGUAAUAGCAAAACAAGACAGCAAGGAUCGUGGCUUUAAAGUGCGAAAUUUGGUCCGAAAAGAAGAAUUCGACAUACGUAGCACUGAAUUGGUCCCGUGGCUUCGAUUCGAGGUACAAGCUCGCCACCACCGUGAAGGUACUUUUGAUUCACGACAGGUUCGCCAACCAGGACAGCAAGAUCCCUUGCUGUCUAACGAGAAGGCAAACGAUGUACGCAUUCUUGUUCCACAGCACCGCAGCAAGAAGACCAAUCGUAGAAACGUUGUCGAGUCAGCUCUUUUCCGUUCCCGCGAAGUCGUCGAAAAUGCACGCAAUGGCCCCAUCGCUGCUAUCGAUACCCGUGACGAUGUACUUGACGCCAUUCGAGAUACGCGUCUUUCCGAUCCUGACAGUUGGCGCACUGUUAUUCAGAAUGCACCAUUGACAGAACGCAAAUACCUGAGUCAGGUAUAUGAGCUUCUCACCGAUCUAGCAUCGGAGAAUCGCAUGAGCGAUGGUACGGAAGCCUGCAGCAAUGCUUUUAUCUAUAACUACCGUACUGGGUCCUGCGUUUAUUAUGAUCUUGGGCCCAAUGACCGAUGA